UUAUUUUACGGCGGAAAUUGCCAGAAAACAGACAAUUAAAAAAAAAAAGAAAGAUUCUCAGCCGAGGCGGCGAAGUUUCGUUUCCUGCCCUCACUCUACGCCUCGUUGCUUGCUUUGCUUUGCUUUGAUUGUUUUCUCAGAAAACUCAAUAAAAAUAACGAAAAAAGAAACUAGGGUUUUCUUGACAACUCCAUUUGAUUCAUCUUAAACUCUCGUUUUCUCUGAGAUGGGGUUGUGGGAUUCCCUCCUCAAUUGGCUCCGCAGCAUUUCAGCUUAUUCUUUAAACAAGAAAUGGAACUCUCCCUCGUUGGCCUUCAGAAUGCAGGAAAGACAUCUCUUGUAAAUGCCAUUGCUACAGGAGGCUACAGUGAGGAUAUGAUUCCAACUGUGGGGUUUAAUAUGCGAAAAGUUACAAAAGGUAAUGUGACAAUCAAACUUUGGGACCUUGGAGGCCAACAGAGGUUUCGCAGCAUGUGGGAGCGUUACUGUCGGGGGGUCUCUGCUAUUCUCUAUGUUGUUGAUGCCGCUGAUAGGGACAGUGUUCCCAUAUCUCGAAGUGAGCUACAUGACCUCUUCACAAAACCAUCCUUAGCUGAAAUUCCAUUACUUGUUCUUGGUAACAAAAUUGAUAAGUCGGAAGCUCUUACCAAGCAAGCACUGGUGGAUCAACUAGGUCUUGACUCGAUCAGCGACAGAGAAGUAUGCUGCUACAUGAUCUCAUGCAAGGAUUCGGUGAACAUAGACGCCGUCAUUGACUGGCUUAUAAAACACUCGAAGACCGUAAAAUGAUUCACUGGUUUCAUCUGUCUGUUGUGUUUGGUGAGUGACCAAGAACAGAUCAAUGUUUAGACCUCUUUUCUCUUUUUAAAAUUCAGUGAAUAUUUUUCACAAUGUUGAGGCAAAUUUUCAUUCCUUAUGUUCUUUUGAUUUAAAAUUUCCGGUUCUUUGUAUCAGAAUGUAGUCAAACAGUGCCAGGCAAUCCUGUUAACAAUCCUUAUGUGUUUGGAUGUUAGAUUUGUGGAGGCAAAUAAAUGAGUUGGAAAAAAAAAUAUAGUUUCUACUUUA